AUGGCUAAGCUUUUCGUCGGCGGUCUGUCGUGGAACACGGAUGAUAACAUGCUCCGUGCCAAGUUCGAGGAGUUCGGCGCUGUUGAGGAGGCCGUUGUCGUGAAGGACCGUGACACCGGUCGCAGCCGCGGCUUCGGCUUCGUCCGCUACGGCAGCGAUGCUGAUGCCGAGAAUGCCAUUGCCAACAUGGACGGCCAGGAGUUCGACGGACGCAGAGUCCGCGUCGACAAGGCCUCUGACCGCGCCGGCGGUGGCGGCGGUGGCGGCUUCCGUCAGGGCGGCCGCGGCGGCUACCAGGGCGGCGGCCAGCAGUACGGCGGCCAGGGCGGCGGCCAGCAGUACGGCGGCCAGGGCGGCUACCAGCAGCAAUCCUAUGGCCAGCGCAGCUACGGCCAGGGCCCCCAGGGCGGCUACAACGGUGGCCAGGGCCCCCAGGGCGGCUACAACGGUGGCCAGGGAUACACAGCUCCCUAUGGCGGCUACCAGGCCGACCCCUCCCAGCAGGGCCAGCAGUACCCUCCUCAGGGUCAGUACUAA